AUGGAAAUAGAGUUUGAAGUUGAUGGCAAGAUAUUUCACCAGUUCUCAGAGAAUGAUGACCAGCUGGUUGAAGCUAUUGCUGCAGAUAUAAUCAUGAAUCACAUGCAAGGUGUAUUUGAUUUUCAAGAAUACGAAACAAUCAUUCGUCAAACUAGGGAUAUGUCCAACAAGUGCAUGGAGGUCUCUCUCGAACUCAUAGACGAGAAUAUUGGGCAACUCUAUAUAAAACAUAAUGGCAAUAAGUGGAAGAGGGAUAAGAAAUUGGAACUAAGAGAGCCGGGGUUAAUUUUUGUUUUACUAAUUGACCCAAAGUUACACACCAUUUCGGCUUACAUAUGCUUCAAAAUGUGUCUCGAUUCUGAAGGCGAGUUGGUAUUGUACUUGUACGAGAUACAUGUAAGGAGCUUACUUCAGGGCAAAGGUCUUGGACAACUUUUGAUUAACCAGUUUCACAAGGUAGCUGCGGACUUGGUUAAAUCAUCGAACCCCUUAUACAAACUGCUAAGGGGAACAGCAUUGACGGUAUUUUCAGAUAAUGAGAGAGCGUUGCGCUGGUAUGGAGGGAUGGACUACAAUUUGACAACUGACUCCCCAGUGGACAAAGUGUUGAGGCGGGGAAAUGUUUUGAAACCCGAUUAUUAUCUCCUAAAACGUGCAAUAACAGCUUGA